AUGGCGCACCUGCCCACAACUCCAGAGGUUUUUAUGAUGGAUUUUGAUAGCAGAGCUGGUCCGUCAAAGAGAGUUAGAUAUGGGGAUCCGGACUUUGAAGAAACUUUGCUGAAAUGGGCGGAUGAGGUCGAUGAAGACGACAGUGAUAUUGAUUCAGAUGCCGAAUUCAUUUACAAAUAUUUCAAAACUGCUGUAGAGUUUUGUUUAAAGACAACGUAUUUUUUAUGUGAGAAUAGCUUCUCCCAGACUGCAAUGGGCUCACCAAUUUCCUCUACAAUUGCAAACUUGGUUAUGGAAAAACUGGAAAUACUGUUCUUGAAAGUUUGA